UAAUAACAGAAACAACAGGCGGACGAGUUUGUAGAAAAGCCCAACGAAACAAACAAACCGAAGUAUCUACAAGACUACAACUCACAUCUGCAGGGAGAGCAAAUACCGUUUUGUUUGUAUCCCAGUCCAAUAAACUCAACUGAGAAUCUCGGCUUGGGUUUCUGGAUCGUCUAAUUUCAAGCCAUCGUCUGCCUGUGAAUCUGCUCGAUCGAUCAUCCGCUAGAGGAACUUUCACAGACAGACAAUUAUGGAGGGAGAGGACUCUCGUUUAGUGGAGAAAACAGAAGAGAGAACCAGCGCUACCACCACAUCCGACGCGUCUGCCUCUGCUGAUGGCGAUUCUGACGGCGAGCAAGCGUCUUCUUCCGCUUCGACCUCGACCCUUUUCAUGGAUAACGUCGGGGAAGUGGUUCUCACACUCGGUUCUGAUGGGUUGUCGUGGAAAUUCCCGGAUUCUGAUUAUAAGGAUUUAUCUUCUUGCUUUGGGAUCAAAUUGGGCGGCGACGUUGUCACUGAGAUAAAAUUCUCAGAGAUAUAUGGGGUGGAGUUGAUCAGCUAUGGCGUAAUUCGCGGUUCUAAUCACCCUAACAUAGGGAAGCUGAUAUCACUCCAUGGGCAUGGUGACACCCAGAUGUAUCGCUUCACGGUGCAUGGUAUUAAGAAGUCGCAGCACUCUCAACUUUGUCUGGCAACAUACACUUUCGGCCACAAGGAUUCAGAGAUCUGCCACAUGUGGACUGAUUGGAUCGACGCUUCUCUGAAAAUGGAAGUUGACAGACCAAAGAAUCUUCUGACUUUAUUUCUUAUUGACUAGGUUUUCGUUAAUCCAAGGAGUGGGAAAAAACAUGGUUGCAGAACGUGGGAAAAUGUGGCUCCGGUAUUUUCGCGUGCUAAAGUAGCUACAAAGGUGAUUGUGACAGAGAGGGCAGGACAGGCUUUUGAUGCCAUGAUUUCUAGCUCAAAUGAGGAGCUACGUUCAUAUGAUGGUGUCAUAAUUGUUGGUGGUGAUGGCUUCUUCAAUGAAGUCCUUAAUGGAUUUCUACUUUUUAGGCUUAGAGCUCCUCAUCCACCAUCUCCUUCAGACAUCCUUCACUUGACUAGGAGUAAUGGCCCUGUUUUAGGCCAUGAUACACGAGAGGCCACAUCUGAAACUCCUGAAACUGAAGCUGCGUCUCCCCUUCUUUCAUCCUCUUCAACUCAUAAAGCCAUUGGGUUGGCAAAUUCCAGUACCGAAAAUGACUCAGGCUACACAGAUGAAGAGCUCGACUUUCCAUUUCCUCGUGAACACUUGAGAUUCGGAAUUAUUCCAGCUGGUUCUACAGAUGCCAUUGUGAUGUGCACUACUGGAACUCGAGAUCCUAUAACCUCUGCCCUGCAAAUUGUCCUCGGAAAAAGAAUCUCUCUUGAUAUAGCUCAAGUAGUGAGGUGGAAGACAACAUUUACAGCGGAUGUCGAUCCUUGUGUACGCUAUGCAGCUUCUUUUGCUGGGUAUGGAUUUUAUGGAGAUGUCAUUACUGAGAGUGAAAACUACCGCUGGAUGGGCCCCAAGCGCUAUGAUUAUGCCGGAACUAAAGUGUUCUUGAGACACCGGUCUUAUGAAGCAGAAGUAGCAUACUUCGAAUCAGAAUCAGAAAACCCGGAAUCGCCAGUUGAGAGAGGUAGUAAUCCGUGCAGCAGCUGGAUGAAAUCAAUGUGUUGCUCGGAGAAACCCCAAAGAGUCAUUUGUCGUGCGAAUUGUGGGGUAUGUAGUAAUUCCAAGCCAGUCCAUAUGUCCAAAACAAGACAGCGUUUAACGCCCUAUUCAUGGCGUGGAGGGGGAGUAGGAGGACGGUGGCAGAAAUGUGCGGGACGAUUUCUCAGCGUUGGUGCCGCCAUAAUAUCAAACAGAAACGAAAAAGCACCGGACGGUCUGGUUGCUGAGGCCCACUUAUCAGACGGAUUCUUGCACCUCCUGUUGAUCAAAGACUGCCCGCGUGCUCUAUACCUAUGGUACCCCCCUGGCGACUAUAAAACUUUCUUGAGCCGUUUUUGCUUGAUCUUUUGUGGCAUAUUGCUCGAGCUUUUAACGAUGGCUAUUUUUGGAAUGAUGUUGUCAGGCACCUUACUCAGCUUGCAAAGAAAGGCGGCGAGCCCCUCAAUUUCAGUUUCGUAGAACACCACAAGACACCUGCUUUCACCUUCACUUCCAUGGGGAAGGAGAGUGUUUGGAACCUGGAUGGCGAGCCUUUCCCAGCGCACCAGCUGUCGGCACAAGUGUUCCGAGGCCUUAUCAGCCUCUUUGCGUCUGGCCCUCCUGUUUAGUAAAAAAAGAAAAGCAUUAGGCAGGCAACGACUUGCUUGCUAUCCAUGAAGGAAAUGGUUCAUCAGCAUCAUCAUUUCGUCGUAAUCUAUGUCUCCGUUUUGCUAAUCGUUCCAUUCUGAUAAAUUGAACUGCCCUCUCCACGAAGUUAACUGAUCGGAGCAGCAAGGAAAACUGGAUGAAACAAUACUGUUGGGUUAGCAUUUUGUUUGGAAUGUAAUUCAGUCAAGAGUUUGAAUAAUAGCCAUUUCUCACAAGAAUCACUGUUCAGGGUAGACUUGAGAUACAAGAAAGCCGGUGGAAGCUGGCUCUGUCAAAUCCCUUCUAGACACAACCAGGCCCAACCAAGAUAAUAGAGUUUACGUAGAAACAAGGCCAACCUCAUUAAUGGCGCUACCAGCCUACCACUAUUGUAUAUAAACCUAAAUAGAAAAUACAGUUCGCCAUUAACAAUUAAACAAAACAUAUUGCUUUAAGUCUUAGGUAUGACUAAUUUUAUGGAGUGUGUAUCAAUUAAACAAAUAUAUAUGCAAGUUUUUCGUAGU